AUUUAUUUUAUUUUUUCCCACUUGACACUUGACAGUUGACUUUUUGCAUCUUUAUCUCUGAUUCUCUAUACAUUGGAACUGUGUCUUUCCAACUCUAUUCCCAACUUGCUCGAAGAAAACUCUCAAACUCUCGUCUUUGUAGUUGUCAUCUGAUCGGCGAAUCGAUGGUAGAAGCCGCAGCGAUCAUCACGGGUUUCAAAUGGUUGGCUCCGGUCGCGACCGACCUCCUCAAGAAGGGCUACUCCUUCAUCGGCAUGGAUGUGGAUGAAAAGCUGCAGGAUCUGCAGAACAUCAUCAUCCCCCAAAUAGAGAUGCUGAUCAAUGCCGCUGAAAAAAGCCCGGAUAAAGACCGCCUCCGUGGUUGGCUGCGGAGCCUGGAGGAAGCAGUUUACGAAGCAGAGGACUUGCUGGACCUGCACGACUAUUACCUGCUUGAACAAAAAGUGAAGAGUAGCGCAGGAGGAAUUACGGUACGUCUUGAAUCUCUUCCUCCAAUCAAGUACUUAUCGAAAAAAUUUAGUAUAAAUCUGAAAAAGAGCUUGGUGAAGUUGGAGAAGACUGCUGUGAAAUCGAGGGAAUUCCGACCAUUCUUGCCUGGAGGGAGUAGUAAUAUAAGGGGAUCUGAAACCGCCACUGAAUCAGGUCAGAGGGUCACCACCUCGCUGCUUGUGCACAAAGUGUUCGGCCGAGACAAGCUGCGUGAUCAUAUCGUUAACCUCCUGCAUGAGAUGGCAGGGCUCGAACCCGAGUCUGGCUUUGUUAAAUGCUAUUCUAUAGUAGCCAUCAUUGGUCUAGGGGGAGCCGGGAAGACUACUCUUGCACAGUAUGUUUGUGAUUAUGAAAGAGUAGCAGAAGCCAAGCAUUUUGAUGUCAUCAUGUGGGUUCAUGUAUCUGAAAGAUUGGAUGUCGAAAAGUUGACAAGAAAAAUGGUGGAGUCAGCAUCCAAAGAGGAAUGCCCUAAUUUAACUAAUCUCGAUAUUCUUCAAAGGAAAUUGGAAAAUUCCCUCAAAUCAAAAAAGUUUUUACUUGUAUUAGACGAUAUUUGUAGCGAGAAAGAGGUGACUGAGGUGCAGUGGGAGCAACUGCUCGCCCCUUUAAGCGUGGGUAAUAAAGGAAGUAAGAUCUUAGUGACGACCCGUAGGAAGGGAGUAGCGGAGGCCUUAGGUGCUAGAAACAUUUUACAUAUAGAGGAACUAGAACAAAGCGACUUCUUGUCCUUGUUCAUGUAUUAUGCCUUUGGAGAUGCGAAAAUUGAUGAUAACGAGCUAUGCAUGAAAUUGGAAGGGAUAGUGAAGGAGAACGCACCGAAACUGCAUGGCUCUCCCUUAGCGGCGAGAAUGGUUGGCAGUCAGCUACGCAAAAGGCUGAAUGUGGAUUUUUGGAAGAGAAUUUUAAGUGGAGACCUAUUGAAAGACACUAUGAAGUCUCUUCUUUGGAGCUAUCAGAACCUAGAUGCACCAUUACAAAGAUGCUUCUCAUACUGCAGUCUAUUUCUCAAGGGUCAUGAAAUCGAGCGGAAGAACCUAAUUCACCUGUGGAUUGCAGAGGGCUUCAUUAAGACUACAGAUGAGGGCAAGAGAAUCGAAGAUGUAGGCCAGGAAUAUUUUGAUGAUUUGCUAUCCAGCUCUUUCUUUCAACCAGCAAAAUUCGGUAGUCUUUACACUAUACAUGAUCUAUUGCAUGAUCUAGCAGAGAUGGUUUCUAAAGAUCGUUAUCUUAGAGUUGAAGGAAAUCCGGCAAAGGCAUUACCUCAAGGGAUUCGUCAUCUUUCCUUCCGCAUCGAUAGAUUGAGUGAUCUUGUUGAGAAGAUAUGCAGUUUAAAAAAUCUCCGUACGUUGAUAGUCGUUACGAGGAAUGAUGAUGAUUACAUUGAUGAUCUUCUCCACAUCAUAUUUAUCAAACUAAAAAAGCUAAGGGUGGUGGAUCUUAGGGGAUGCACAUUAAAAAAACUACCAGAAUCAAUCGGGGGGUUGAAGCAUCUGCGGUACCUUGAUCUUUAUAAGUCAUCAUUUGAUAUUUUGCCAAAAUCAAUUUAUACACUCUACCAUUUAGAGUUUCUGCGUUUGUACGCAUGUACAUUAGCGGCAAAAAGACUAGCCAACUGGAUUAAUUUGCAGCAUUUACAUAUCUCUUGGAUGACCUUGAAUGUAGCUGGGAUUGGCAGCCUGAAACAACUGAGGAACCUAAGAAAGUUUCAGGGGUCUUCAAUACAUAUUAAUGGUCUUGAGAAUGUUAAAGAAAUGGGGGAGGCCCCUGUGGACAUAAAGGGUAUUGCGGAACUGUGUUUAGAAUGGAGUACCACCGUUAACAUUAGCAAAUCGUCAAACAUGGAUGCACGAGUACUUGAGGGUCUUCGUCCGCCUCCCCAUCUUUGGUUUCUUAGAAUCGUGGGCUAUCAGGGUUGCCUAUUGCCAAGUUGGUUGGUAGGAGACCGACACCUCUCACACAAUCUUAUAUCUCUUCAGCUUAUUCUAUGCCGGCAGCUAAAGCAACUCCCGAUCCUUUCCCCAACCCUGAAAAUACUCGUGCUUUCUUCUUGCUCCUCCCUUCCGAUUGUCUCCAAAGAGGAUUUGGCAAUUAUUAGGUCCACACAAGACGUAAGAAUUUCCCAAGUAGUGACUUUUAUGGAGGGGUUGGUUGCUAUAUACGGAUCCUGUAUUGUGUUGGAAACAGAGUGGGAUUUACGGCGUGGAUAUGAUUCACAGAGCUUGCGCAAUUGGCUAAAAAAGACCACUGACAUUGUCUACCAAAACCUGCAGGAGGCGGAGGUGCGGCUGGUCCUGCCCUCUUCUCUUGAAAGGCUUGUUAUCAGCUCAUGUCCACUCACCGACAGCACAUUGCGGGAAGGUUUGCAAGGUCUUACUUCUCUAGGGUCCCUCGAUAUCUGUAAUAUUGUUUCUCUUACGUCAUUUCCCUCGGCGGAUGUGUUGGGACGUCUGACGAUGCUCAAAAAGCUAUACAUCAAGCAAUGCUGGUUCCUAACUUCGCUAGAGGGUUUGCAAGCCCUCGUCUCAUUGCCAAAUCUCGUCAUCUCCUUUUGCCCCAGCCUAUCCGCAGAAGGUGGCAACACCUCUAUCCUGCCCUCAUCUCUACAGCGGCUCGAAAUCGAGGCAUGUCAUUGGAAGCAUUUGGAUGAUUCGCAGCCUUAUCUGACUUCCUCAAUCAAUUCACAGAGCUCAGACAUUCCAUUCGCGGCAUCCCUUCAACUGGGUCAUCUGAAAUCACUCACGGAACUGCACAUCACCAACUGUCCAAAUAUUGGUUCCUUGCUUGGUUUACAAGAGUUGAAUGACCUUGCAGAUCUCACUUUGAUGGGAUGCCCGAAACUGGCCCACGAAGAAACCAAGUUAGGGAGUCUUAUAAAAAAUUUCCGCACUGAUGCUCCCUCGCUGCUCUAUAUGCUGCUCGCAGAAGAAGCCCUUGCCUCUCUCCGGUGCUUGUAUAUUCACAAGUACAAUAAAGAAUCAUUCAGGUCAGAGGAAGAGCAAGUGUUUCAGCACCUCACCUCGCUCACAUCCCUAGUCUUCGAGAGUUGCAGCAUCAAGUCCUUGCCUAACAACUUGGAAGGCCUGUCUUUCUUUGAACAACUGAGUAUUUUCGACUGCCCAAAUAUCAGGUCAUUGCCUGAUCUGCCGAGAUCACUUUUACAGCUGGACUUGCCACAUUGCAAUCCGGUGUUGAAGAGGCGAUGCCAAAAGCCUCGUGGCCAAGAUUGGCGCAAAAUUGCGCACAUCCGUACGAUAUCACUUGACUGACUCAUCUGCUAGCAUAGACUUGCUUUGCCAAAAAAUGCGGAGGUUGCUUCCCUUGGCUUGUGGGUCAGUGAAACAAAAAAUAAAACCACAGGAUCGUAGAGUGGCAAAGUGGAAAAGUGCUAAACAACAUGGAUAGUUGAGUGCAAUUUUUUGAAUCACAUGGGGGGCAAAGUGAAAUGCGCUAAACCACGUGUCCGUUUCAGGAAAGCUGGUGUUGUACGCAGUGGUUAUCAAUCAUGUUUCAUUAGCUGAUUUGUUUGCUUGUGCUCAGAGAAUAAGAUUCCGGUGUGGUGAGAGUGUCCAGGACUGUUAGUUUACUAUACUUCAGCAUCAAGUCAUCAACUAUCAAGUAUGAAAUCAAAAUGGCCUGCAAAUUGAUCAGAAGAUCCUUUCAGUUGGCUAUGAUCUGCGACUUGGAAUAAAAGAGAGAAUCAUGUAUCUGCUUCUAAGUUAUACAAAUCUCAACAGCUGUUUGUGUUUGAUUUAUUUAUAAUCUGAUUCCACUCUGCUACAGGAGAUCGCAAAAAGCAUAAUGAUGGCUCCAUCAACUGCACUAGAAAAACAGCUGCAAGAAUGCCAUCAGUUUGUGUUAUUUAUUGGGUAUUGUUCAUUGACAGCGUCUGUAUCUGUGUAUUUGUAAUGUGAUGAUAUUUAUCUUCUAUAUAUAAUUGAACUGCGAUUUGGAUA